GAAUCCUAAAUGAACAAAACAGAAAAGAAUGAGUAGGCCUACGUUAUUAUUAAUCUUGUAUUGCUCCUUAACAAAUAACACAUUUUUGUCGUAGUAAAAUUAUCAAAAGCCAGUUUUAUUGUCUUUGGAAAAGAAUUCGAGCAAUUUAUCCAAGCUAUUUUACUCUUUAAUUUGUGCUUUUCUUUUCCUUGCUAUGUGUUAUGUGUACUAUAUUGCAUAUAACAUUUGCAUUUGUUAUUAAUGUAUUUUUGUGAUACCGUGGCAAUAUACUGUAGGUAAUCUUGAAAUGCACCAUAUAAUGUUUUCCACCGAGCGGCGCUACGCCCUAAUAAAAUCGAACUAAAACUGCUACAAGUUUUAGAGAAAUCCCACCAAUAGUAAGGAUUUUUUCUGAAUCUGUUUUCCUUUUUUCCUUUUUUUAGUUGGCUACUUAUAAUUAAGGAACUUGAGAAAAGAAAUACAGCUCUCGUGGUAUUUUAUAAAUCUUUUUUUUUUUUUUUACUUUCUAAAGUAUUUUAUUGCAUAUGGGGCUAUUUUGCUUAAAUUGCAUUUCAUACGUGGAACCUUGAUUUCAGUGGGCCGUUUACCACCUUUUUUGGCCGGGUCUUUGGGUUUGCGUGCGUUCAAGCGCGUCAUACCUACUAAAAGCCCCCCGCGGAGCUUCAGUAGCACUCGCUCGCGCGCCCGUUGUUGUGCGUUUCCUAUAACAACAUCAGUUUACAGAUAACCUCAGAUAGGCAUUAGCAUUGCAGAUCAACAAGUGAAAACUUUUCGAAAGAAUUUCAGGAACGUCACAACAGGUGCGUCAAAAGUAAAAGUCAGCAGAGGAUUAUCGCUUCUUGUAGUGCACUGAUCAGUACAAACGACGGAGCUCCUGGUGAACAAGUGCAUGUAACAUCUGAUAAGCAGAUCCUGGAUACUUUAUUGUUGUUUGGACAACAGUGGCAGAGGCAGAUAAUCUGUCAAGACAACCAUGGCAAUUUAUGAUGUGAACAAGAAAUGGGAAGUAUAUGAGACCUCACAUAAAAGAGAUUUCAUCUAUAGACCCAUCUCAUCUAUUCCAUCUCUAAGGCCGAAAACAUCUGCCAAUAUCUAUAGAAAUUCAUACACACUGGAUGAUCCGGUAGGAGCAACUGCAUACAGUGAAGAUUUCAGCUGGAAGCCUGUGUCAAAAACUACUUGCAUAAGGUCUGCCACAGCAUCAGGAAACAGAAGGAACAACCCACACCCAAGCCAGGCAUUCAUGAUAUGGAGGCAUUCUGCAGAUCAAAUGAAGCAUUUUGGUGGUAGUUCCCCUCUUCAGCACCCGUUGACUGAGAAGGAAAUCCAAAAGGCUGUCAGUGCCCAGUAUAGGUCGACCUACAGGACUGAUUUUCUUGGAUUACCUCAAGGAAUUAUGAAGAAGCAUGGAGUCUUUACACCUUUUAACCACAACCAUGCUGUCCACUACUAUACCCAGACUGAAAUGAGACACAACUACCACCCACCCAAACUGAAACUUGAGCUUCUGGGGAAUAACUCUCGCUAUGGGUGCAAUAAGCUGCAUGGUGUAGCAGCGAGGGGUAUUGUUCCUACAGUGAUUCACAGUCACAACAAUAACCAGGAAAACAACAAACUGGAGACCACCUACAAUAAAUAUUUCGGAGAAAAUAAGGAUGUGAAGACAUUGCACAUAACCAGCUACUCUGCUGAUGGAUGUAAAGGGAAGAAUAGUGGUGUGAUCAAGCAAACCUCUUCCACACUGGAGAGCGUGUCAGCCUGGCCUGGGCCUUUAUAAAGAUGCCAUUUUGAACCAUGAAAAGCUAUAUGAAGCUAUGUGAAUAUGUGUGCAUUGCAUUUUCUUUUUUCCCCUUUUUCUCUUUUUUAUUUAGGGUUCUGAUUUUCUUCCAGAAGAUAGAACAUUCCUGCUUUUAUGAAACUGCCUUUUUGCAUCUUCAAAUGGUGUGCUUAAUAAAACACUGAAAUGAAAACUGAUAAUAGGCAUAAAUAAUUUUUUGUCUCUUGGGAAUAAUAAAUCUCUUAAGGCUCUAUUAGUGCUGAAAUAAAUAUUUUGAGUAUCUUGACAUUAUAGAAUAAUAGUAAAGGCAUUAAUGGGAGCUACUGAUUCAAGACAUUAAUUUCCCUUCAAAUUAAAUACCACGGAUAACUCUGAUUAAGUCCAAAUAUACUUAAAGACCAAGAUUUCAAGAGUUUUUUUCCCUCUCUCUAAAAGAAUGAAGAAAAUAAUUUAGGGUGAAUGGACAUUUAACAUUAUCAAAUUUAAAAGUGAUUUUAAUUGUGGCUCUCUGCACCAUUUUCUACAUAGCCACAUGACAUUGUGUAUCAGGUAACCUGAGACUCAGGUGUGCUGUGUCUCUAAGCUCAGGGAGAUCUGUACGCAGCCAUUGCUCAUGCAGCAAAACAAGAAAGCAGCCUCUAAGGAGAACGAAAGCCAAGCCAAGAAGACAAGACACUCUCUCAGAUCUCUCAAGAUAUGCCGCUAGGCAGGAAAAUUCGGGCCUCAUCUGCUGGAGCCCAACUUGAGACCCAUAACAAGCCCAG